UGUGUGUGUGUGUAUUUCAGUGUAUCAGCUUCCCCGUGUGUCUGAUCCGGGGCUACAAGUGAUCAGAGGGGUCACAGCAUGGCAUUCAAGGCAAAAGUUUUGUAUGAUUUUGUGGCGGAACCUGGAAAUAAUGAGCUGACUGUGAGAGAAGGCGAACUCGUUACAGUAACGAAUAAGGAUGUCGGAGGAGGAUGGAUUGAAGCAAAGAAUAAUCAGGGUGAAAGAGGACUUGUACCAACUGACUAUGUUGAGUUAACAGGAGAUGGAGCUGCUUCUAACAACACAGCUCCAGAUUUGUCUUUCUUUGAUUCACUUUCUGCCAUCGCUGCUCAGACUGCUCAGACUGCCAACAAUGGUGAACAGGCUAAAAGCACAAAUGACCCUUGGUCAAGCUGGAAUGCACCUAAACCACCUACGUCUGACAGUGCAAAUGAUCCUUGGGGGGCAGGCCAGAAAAAUUCAACAUCAAACAACUGGGAUUCCGCAUUUGAACAUCCACAGGCUUACCAAGGCCCAGCUGUUGAUGAUGACGAGUGGGAUGACGACUGGGACGAUCCCAAAUCCUCUCCUCCUGGUUACCUUGGUUACAAAGAUUCAGAGAACUCUGAACCUGGAGCGGCUCAACGGGGAACAGGAAGACCAGCCUCCAUGAGGAUACCUCUCAACAAAUUUCCAGGUUUUGGAAAAUCGGGAAUUGAACAGUAUCUGUUAUCUAAACAGACAGCAAAACCCAAAGAGAAAAUCUCCAUUAUUAUUGGAGAUUAUGGCCCAAUGUGGGUCUACCCAACCGCAACAUUCGACUGCGUCGUGGCUGAUCCUAGGAAGGGAUCCAAAAUGUACGGCCUGAAGAGCUAUAUUGAAUACCAGCUAACAACAACAAAUACAAAUCGUUCCGUUAACCACAGAUAUAAGCACUUUGAUUGGCUAUAUGAGCGCCUCCUAGUGAAGUUCGGAUUAGCUAUUCCCAUUCCUUCUCUUCCAGAUAAACAAGUCACAGGUCGUUUUGAAGAAGAAUUUAUAAAGAUGCGUAUGGAGAGACUACAAGGAUGGAUGUCUCGAAUGUGCCGCCAUCCUGUUGUAUCAGAGAGUGAUGUUUUCCAGCAGUUUUUAAAUUUUCGAGAUGAAAAGGAGUGGAAGAUCGGCAAGAGAAAAGCAGAAAAGGAUGAACUGGUUGGCGGUAUGAUAUUUUCCACAAUAGAGCCAGAAGCUCCUGAACUGGAUGUGACAGAAGUAGAACAGAAGUGUGAAGCAGUCGGCAGGUUCACCAGAGCCAUGGAUGAUGGUGUGAAGGAUUUGCUCAACGUGGGCCAGGAGCACUGGAAACGGUGCACAGGACCACUGCCCAAAGAAUAUCAGAAGAUAGGAAAAGCUUUGCAGAAUUUGUCACUGGUUUUCAGCUCCAGCGGCUAUCAAGGUGAAACAGAUUUAAACAAUGCUAUCACAGAAGCAGGGAAAACAUAUGAAGCAAUAGCCACCAUGGUGGAAGAGCAGCCAAGGAAAGAUCUUCAUUACUUGAUGGAAACCAAUCACGAGUACAAAGGCUUCCUGAGCUGCUUUCCAGACAUCAUUUCUGCUCACAAGGCAGCCAUUGACAAGGUGAAGGAAAGUGAUAAAUUGGUGGCUACUAGUAAAAUAACGCAACAGGACAAGAUAAACAUGGUGAAGCGAGUAAGCACAAUGUCAUAUGCACUUCAAGCUGAAAUGAAUCAUUUCCAUACUAAUCGAAUUUACGAUUACAACAGUGUCAUUCGCUUGUACCUGGAGCAGCAGAUACAGUUUUAUGAGAUGAUUGCUGAAAAACUAAAGCAGGCACUAGGCAGUUUCCCUGUCAUGUAAGAAAUCCAAUGCCUGGAUCUAAAGGAUAAUCGGAAGUGCCUUCCUAUGAAUUUUAGUGGACAUUGUGAAGUCGCCCCUUGGACACUGCACCCCGGAGGAGAAACUUGGAACUGCACUUCUGCAAAUGUGCUUGCAUCAAGUUAGAUUUGAGAUCUUUCCCAGAAAGGCUGCUUUUCCAGUGCACUUAAAAUAUCACAGCUUAUGAAAUGCAUGUUCAUUUUCAGAUAAAAGCAAAACGUCAUCUACAGCAUCCAGCAUCACCUCCUUUUUACUUCGGCCUUUUCACUGCAAGGAGCAAAGGUGCUAUAGUCCCUUCUGCGGAAUGCCUUGGAUUCCCUGCGGCUCCUCUCUUGCCUAUAACCAACACCGCUAUCUGAUUGGACGCACAUUAUAUCUUUCAACGUAAUCUUUGAACUGAUCCUUCAUGGCAUUAUGUUCUAUCCACUAACACUAAGUGCGAUUGAUGAAGAGAAAUUUCUUAAGGCACUGUGUCUAUUCACUGCAAUAUACACACCGCCAUAUUCUUAUUACCCGGCCUUGUUACAACUGCAUUUUUUUUUUCUUAUGUUAAAUUUAAUUAAACUUUGUUGUGCAAC